AUGGCACCAAUGGAAUGCACCAAAUGUGAAUGGUCGGAUCGUCGACUAGCUGGCACGGUUAUCUUUUGUAUAUCGUUUGUCGGAUCGAUGGCAAAUUGGCUAGUGGUCACAUCCUCACGAAGACUUCCAUCAAUGCGAAACUCUUUUGGAGUUUUAAUGACUAGUCAAUCGUCUGGCGAAGCCGUACUCUGCUCUGUAUUCGCAUUUUACUAUUCGCCAAUGGUAUUUUUUAAUAUCGAUGCGAUGGAACACGUUUCCAAACGUUUUGGAAUUGUUCUAUUAAUUUGUUACGAUAUUUGUAUUCUCUCACAUUUGUUCAUAGCACUGAACCGAAUGUGUGCUAUAUGCUUUCCAUGGAAAUAUGACAAAUAUUUCAGCAAGUCUAACACAAGGAGACUUAUCGUGAUUUCAUGGAUUCUGUCAUUCACAAGAUGUUUUCUCUCGUACAUAUAUAGAGAUUGUGAUUUUGUGUACGAUGACAGUAUAUGGGCAUUUGUGUUCACUCAAACAGAGGAUUGUAAGUUCAUAUCAAAAUAUCUGGAUUUCAUCAGGGAUUUGACCAUCGUUAUUAUCAUCGGCAUUGUAGACACGAUUACAGUAAUAAAAGUGCGGAUAUCGAGUGCAAAGGCUGUCCUUCAAGGAAUUGUAUUUGCUGUUGAACUCUACACAUAUUUCAUUCUUGCAUGGCAAAUGCAGAAUAAAUGGGCUGUUUGGGCGUUGACUACUAUGGCAUGGAACUUAGUACACUGUACAGAUGCGCUCAUUGUAAUUGGAUACAACGCUGAAUUUCGAAAAUUGGUUAGCUCUCCAACGCUAAUUUUCAAGACUAAAAUCCAUACACAAGUUAGCCACAGUUCAAUACCAGGAGAACGCUUUACUGAGAAGUAA